AUGGCGAUGAAGGUGAAGCUGAAAAUGGAGCUGAAAAAGUUGGAAAUGAGUUUCUUGGAACUAUGGAGAUGGCUUGAAAGUAAUCCAAUUUGUUAUGAAACUGGAACUACUGAAUCUUUCUGCAAACCUUUACAAAUCUCAGAUGAAAAUCCACAAAACAAAUGUCCAGCUUCUGGUUGCAGCUCUGAUAAGAGAAACUGGGAUCCAAGUAAAAGCAACUGUGGCACCCCUGAGUUAAAGGCAGUAAGGCAGUUCUCUUUUAAAGAACUUAAGAAAUACACAAACAACUUUUCACCAGCUAAUGAUGUUGGAUCUUGGGGUUAUGGAAAGGUUUAUAAGGGAACUCUUCCCUCUGGACAACUGAUAGCCAUAAAACGAGCUCAAAAGGAAUCGAAGCAGGGCGGGUUAGAAUUCAAAGCCGAGAUUGAACUCCUUUCAAGGGUUCACCACAAGAAUGUGGUAAGCCUAGUUGGAUUCUGCUUUGAAGAAGGGGAACAGAUGCUGGUUUAUGAGUUUGUUCCAAAUGGAACCUUGAAGGAUACUAUCCCAGGGAAAUCAGGCAUUAGAUUUGGAUGGCAUAGAAGGAUCAAAGUAGCCCUUGGAGCUGCAAGGGGUUUGGUUUAUCUUCACGAACACGCCGAUCCUCCAAUCAUACACAGGGACAUCAAAUCAAACAACAAUUUGCUGGAUGAGAAGCUUGAUGCAAAAGUUGCUGAUUUUGGCCUAUCCAAACCAAUAUUAGAUUAUGGCAAAGAAUAUUUAUACGUUUAUAUAUGUAAAUAUGAUUGUUAUUGA